GGAAUUCGAUUUCUUUGGAAUGGCUACUAAUGGGCACGCUUGCAGAAAUUCAGACGAUAAAAGCGUUUUAAUCAUAAAUUGGCCGUUAAUGCUGCAAUCCCACGUUUGAUAUUCGUACGAAGUUCAUCAAUCGUCGCUGGCUUGUUGGCAUACGCCAUAGGCUUGACGUCGUUUGCUGUCCCUAUCGGUCUACUUUUGUAGCGUUCUUUUUGAAAACCCAUAUAUUACAAUGUUUUCCUUCCUUUUUCACACAUAACUAAAAUUCUCCCUUAAAAAAUUAAUGAAUAUAAAUAAAUCCAUUUUUAAAUAUUUUUUUGUGUUUCUUUAACAUUACUUUCAUAUUCCCCUCUUUCUAUUUGUUCCACUGAAACCACACAUUUUUUGCUUCAUUUUUAUUUGUAUUAUUUAUAACGGACACUUUUAGAAUAUAAUAUUUUCUCCUUUGUCACAGAGUUCCGACUAUAUCCAUCUUUUCUCAGAGUUGUCUUAUUUCAGUGCCAACAGAGAAUCAAAGUCGUCGAUCUAACACGUAUGCUUCCUUUUCUCAGAUUUUGGUUCCAAGUUAGUUCGUUCCAGUUCUGUUUCCAUCCAGGUAUUUUGGGAGACUUUUUUUGUUUUUUUGUUUAGAGAUGACGCAUUUCUGAUUUCAUGGUCAGUACAGUUUUGCGGCAGGACUCUUGACGGCAAAUUGAAGCAUAACCACCAUAGUAUACUUCCUUUCUUGAACAUUUUUUUCAAUUUUCGAAGAUGUAUUAGCUAUUGCUUGAUCAUUGUAAGUGAAGCUUUUUGUAAUAUCCGAGCUCACAAUUAUAGAGUAAUGUUUUCCUGAUACCGCCGCAGAAUUUCUCUCCAGCAAAGCUUUAAAAACGUAUGCGUCUAUAAAAACUUGCGUCAGUUCUAGUUCUACUAUAAUAUAGUAUAAUGUGUUGGUUCUAAUCCAAGAGAAUGAUCUUGAGAAGUUCUCGAAUAUUCGAAAAUAGGAGCUCUAGUAAAAGAAAUUCGAUAUUUUUCAAAGCGAUGACUUUAGUAAUUUGUAUCCCACGAGUUUAUGAACCUGCAUCGACCGAAUUUCCAUUCCAUCUGCGAUUCGUUGCUGGAUCGAUACAUUUUUACAUGGAAAGUGAUUCAGUAACGAAAACGUCAAGCGAAAACGGUCUUUGUGGAAUCGCGGUAAGGCAGACUAAUCGGUGGCCAAACAAUGAUGGACGGUCAGGAUGGUUUAGCUAGGUAUUUGAUGAAUUUGACAGAGAAUAAUUUAUUUUGAGCUUCUUCUCUCGGCAAUGACAGGCCACACAAACUUAUGCAUACUCGGAAGAAGUUUAGAGCGUUUGUUUGGGAUGUUCUUUUGCGUCCUCUUUAUAGUCAGGACUAGGCACCACCGAUACUGAUACUGGUCGGACUCUAUUAUUAUGUCUAUAAUAUAAAAAAUUAAUCGCUGAAUGUUUUGCUACGCGCUAAACUCGAGAACAGCUGAAACGAAACGAUUUUGCUAAUUCCUUUUUUUAGAAUAUUGCCUGAAGUCACAAGGGUUUGGGGUGGUUUUUACGUAGAAAAAAUUAAAAAAAUAACAUUAUUCCCAUGAGCAACUAUAUGUUGUAUGCUCAUUUGUGGGAAAACCCAACCCAAAAUUUUGUAAUAAUUUUGCAAUAUUAGGUCAGAUUAUGGCAAAAAUAUUUGGAUGUGUCUUAGCUUAAUUGUAUUACGCGCAAGGUCAAACUGUUUUAGCACACUUGCGGCAACUCUUUAUUGUUUUUUGUUAUCCGAGAUUGGGUUAUAGCAGUAAAGGCUUUUAAAUACUAUUGUUAGGUACAAAAGCGUUGGAUGUGGCCAAGAAUAAGGAUUAAAGGAUGCACAAACAAAAGGAAUUCUAAGAUUGUAGAAGCUAAAGCAAUUAAGGUACUAUCUUUUGUCGACUACCUGUCGAGCGGUUAGACAGUAAGUGUAUCCUUUCUACCUGUGAAUUAACCACUGUGCUUACGUCGUUCAACGAUCGCACUAUAAAACCUGGUGCCUUCACCGUACCAUACUCACAGUGAGCUUCACAUCCACAGGUGAUAGACAUAAGAUAGAAAGUAACGACGAAAAAAAAUAUUGUGCGAAAUAUCAAUAAACAAAUAAAAAGAUAUAGACAUGCUACCGAUUUCCAACGCUCAACUCUUGGACGAGAAUGAGAUGCUUCUGAAGAUGAAGCCGAAGGAUGUAAUAUCAUGGGCAAACAUAUGGCUGGCAGAGUAUAAUGAUCUACCGAAAGAAGUAAUUCAACAACUCGAUCCGGAAACUAAAGAGAAAUUUGAAUCUAAAUAUUUACUGGCACAGAGAAUCUCUAGAAUAUCCGAAACGGAGGAUUUACAAAGUGUAAAUCUGCCUGUCGCUUCCACAAGCCGCCAAGCUACGAAUGUUACUGCCGCCAUCGGUAGCGACUCCUCUACAGCUGAGAAUUCCGCACCAGCCACUUUGGAGGCAGAACAUCAUUCCUUACAAAGUGAAAAACAGCUUGUCACUUCCACAAGCUGCCAAGCUACGAAUGUUACUGCCGCCAUCGGUAGCGACUCCUCUACAGGUGAGAAUCCCGCACCAGCCACUUUGGAGGCAGAGCAGCAUUCCUUACAAAGUGAAAAACAGCUUGUCACUUCCACAAGCUGCCAAGCUACGAAUUUUACUGCCGCCAUCGGUAGCGACUCCUCUACAGCUACGAAUCCCGCACCAGCCACUUUGGUGUCACCCAAUCCAGCUAACCAAUUGAAUGACGAGCCAUGUACAAGUACGACCGCGACUCGUUGCACUAAGCGUCGCAUCUCUUAUGACGCUUAUAACGCUGAUCCACGUAAACGUGUGAUGAGAGAAAUGAAUCGAGAGGUGUACCUCAGUGAUAGAUCAACAAAUGCGCAAUGCGACGACCAUGUAGCUCCCAGUGGUGGAGCUUCUGUCAUAACUUCAACUCAAACUAAUAUAGUCGACAGCAGUAACAAUAGAAGUGAAGAAAUUCAAGCGACCACACCAACACCGGCACCCUCGCCACCUAUGGCAUCUUCGACACCUCUACCAAUGCCACCACCGUCCAAUGAUAGGAAAGCUGUUGGCUACAUAGUGAUUGGUCCGAAUGGCACGCAAGUACCCAGCGACAAAUUCAAGACUAUCUCAUUUACGUCUUUUACCGCGGCCACUCGCAGCUUACUUUGCAUGAUCUUCACGGAAGAGAUCCUAGCGACAAAUACACUUACUGGCAAGCCCUCGCCAGCAUUUGUGGGACGUGAGCGUCCUUCUAAGGGUAAAUUGGAUCCGAAGAAGGUUGAGGAUAUCAUACAGUGUGUGAUCUUUCGCACUUCUUGCACCGCAAAAGAAGUUCGCUGGACAAUCACCACUAAAUGCGCCGACAGCGCAAAGAAGUUUAGACGUCUCAGCAUGACUCGCCGUAAUUGAGCUAAAAGAUUAAAGAGAGAGGUUUAAUAUUAUUUUUAGAGAAAAUUAGUUUAUUAUC